AUGGAAGGCCAAGGAUUGGGUAUGGAUAUCAAUGACUUGGGUUUAGUUCCUGGCGUCCGUGUGCCACCGAAAUUCAAGGUACCCGACUUCGAGAAAUACAAGGGGAACACUUGUCCUAAGACACAUGUCCGAGCUUACUAUCGCAAAAUGCAUGUGUACUCUGAGGAUGAAGGAUUGUUGAUGCACUUCUUCCAAGAUAGCCUGACUGGGGCAUCCUUGGAAUGGUAUAUGAGAUUGGAAAGAGCUAAUAUCCGAAGUUGGAGGGACCUGGUCGAUGCUUUCAUAAGGCAGUAUCAGUAUAAUGUUGACAUGGCACCAAAUCGCACUCAGUUACAGAAUCUAGCCCAGAAAGCUAAUGAGUCCUUCAAAGAAUAUGCGCAAAAAUGGCGCGAGUUGGCGGCUAGGGUCCAGCCACCAAUGUUGGAAAGAGAGAUGAUGGACUUGUUCACCAACACUCUGGAGGGCCAAUACUACUCCGCCUGCUCUGUAUCCUCAAGUUUUGCCGAGUUGGUUAUGAUUGGUGAGCGAAUUGAAAGUGGAAUUAAGGCUGGUAGAAUACAGAAUCCAAGUGCUGCUAGUUCCUCUUCUAGGGCAGGAGGGAAGAAACCAUAUAACAGAUUUGCUAAGAGAGAAGUGAAACGAGUAGCCGCUGUGACCAUACCGAGUACUCCUCUUCAACAACAACCACAGCAACAACAGAGGCAUCCCCCGCGUCAGUAUCAGCAAAAGUCGAGGCCACCAAGAAUUUUUGAUCCCAUACCUAUGACAUAUGCACAAUUACUCGCUCAUCUCUUACAUGGGGACUUGGUGCAACUUCGUACCAUGGGCCCUCCAUCUGCUAAGCUUCCUCUUAACUAUGAUGCUAAAGCCCACUGUGAGUUUCAUUCUGGGGCUGCUGGUCAUGAUAUUGAACAUUGUAUAGGAUUCAUGCAUAAAGUACAGGAUCUGCUUGAUUCAAAAGCUAUUGAGUUCACCCCUACUCAAGGACCUAACGUUGUACAGAACCCUAUGCCUUCCCAUGGAACUCAUGCCGCAAAUGCCAUCGAUAUUGUUGAAGACAUUUACUUGGUCAAGGUUGUUAUCGAAUUGGGAUCGUUGUUGCCAUUAUUGAAGAAGGAAUUAUUGAGGAUGAGUCUAUACGCCGGUUGUGGAGAAUUUUGUACUGAUUGUAUGGUCACCUCCUCAGUUUGUGACAAGGUGAAAGGUGGGAUUCAACAGUUGAUAGAUAGUGGGUAUCUAUAG